GUUUGCCAGUUUCCACCAGACUUGCCUCGAAGGACAGAUUGUGGUACUCAGCACGAUCUUGUUCAUACGACUCCCGGCAAGAUGUCUUCACGGCCGGAUCUCAAGGUCGACGACGAAGUCGGUUUCAUCCGCUUCUUCCGUUCCCUCCCCCAAAAGGACAGCGAUGAUACGAUUCGAGUCUUCGACCGCGGUGACUGGUACACGGCCCACGGGGCCGAGGCCGAGUUCAUCGCACGCACCGUUUACAAGACGACCUCUGUGCUCCGUACGCUUGGCCGCAGCGACUCUUGCGGUCUACCCUCCGUUACUAUGAGCGUGACUGUCUUCCGGAACUUUCUACGCGAGGCGCUCUUUCGACUGAGCAAGCGUGUGGAAAUCUGGGUUUCCGCGGGCUCGGGUAAGGGACAAUGGAAGCUGGCGAAGCAGGCUAGUCCUGGUAAUCUGCAGGACGUGGAGGAGGAACUGGGCGGAUCGGGUGGCAUGGCGAUGGAUUCGGCGCCUAUUAUAUUAGCAGUCAAGGUAUCGGCGCGGGCGUCGGAGGCGCGAAAUGUCGGAGUGUGUUUUGCAGAUGCGAGCGUGCGAGAGUUGGGUGUUAGCGAGUUCCUGGAUAAUGAUAUCUAUUCGAACUUUGAGUCGCUGGUGAUUCAGCUCGGUGUGAAGGAGUGCUUGAUCCAGGCGGAUGGUGCGAAGAAGGAUGUCGAGUUGGGUAAGCUACGUGCUAUUCUGGAUAGUUGUGGCAUUGCUAUCAGUGAGAGACCGGUGGCGGACUUUGGCACUAGAGACAUCGAGCAGGAUUUGACGAGGUUGUUGAGAGAUGAACGGUCUGCUGGUACGUUGCCGCAGACGGAGCUGAAGCUGGCUAUGGGUUCGGCGGCCGCUUUGAUCAAGUAUCUUGGUGUGAUGUCUGAUUCUACGAAUUUCGGCCAGUAUCAGCUCUACCAGCAUGAUCUGUCGCAGUAUAUGAAGCUCGAUGCGUCCGCUCUGAGGGCGCUCAAUCUCAUGCCCGGUCCGCGGGACGGAUCGAAGAACAUGAGUUUGUACGGAUUACUUAACCAUUGCAAAACGCCUGUGGGGAGUCGGUUGCUUGCGCAGUGGCUGAAGCAGCCGCUUAUGGAUCUCAAUGAGAUCGAGAAGAGACAGCAGCUGGUGGAAGCUUUCGUCAACGACACGGAGCUACGACAGACGAUGCAGGAGGAGCACCUACGCUCGAUUCCUGAUCUCUACCGACUUGCCAAGCGCUUUCAGCGCAACCAGGCGAAUUUGGAAGAUGUGGUGCGUGUGUAUCAGGUCGUGAUCCGCCUGCCGGGCUUUGUCAACACCCUUGAGAAUGUCAUGGAUGAACAAUACCAGACUCCGCUGGAGACGGAGUAUACGUCGAAGCUGCGACAGUUCUCUGACAGCAUGAGCAAGCUUGAGGAGAUGGUCGAAACCACUGUCGAUCUGGAUGCGUUGGAGAACCAUGAGUUUAUCAUCAAGCCCGAGUUUGAUGACAGCCUCCGCAUUAUCAGAAAGAAACUGGACAAGGUCCGGUAUGACAUGGAUGUGGAGCACCGGCGCGUAGGCAAGGACCUCGGCCAGGAGGUCGACAAGAAGCUGUUCUUGGAGAACCAUCGUGUGCAUGGAUGGUGCUUCAGACUGACCCGCACGGAGGCGGGCUGCAUUCGACACAAGAGGGAGUAUCAAGAAUGUUCAACACAGAAGAACGGCGUCUACUUCACCACUUCCACUAUGCAAGCUUUACGACGGGAGCACGAUCAGCUCUCGUCCAAUUACAACCGGACUCAGGCUGGCCUCGUGCACGAGGUUGUCGGUGUUGCAGCGUCAUACUGCCCUGUUCUCGAGCGGCUGGCCGGUGUUCUGGCGCACCUCGAUGUCAUUGUCAGCUUUGCGCAUGUCUCUGUCCAUGCUCCCACGCCGUAUACUCGUCCUAAGAUGCAUCCUCGUGGCACGGGCAACACGGUUCUCAAGGAGGCACGUCAUCCCUGUAUGGAGAUGCAAGAUGACAUCUCUUUCAUCACCAAUGAUGUGUCUCUCGUUCGCGAUGAGUCGUCUUUCCUUAUCAUCACCGGUCCCAACAUGGGCGGUAAAUCCACCUAUAUUCGACAGAUAGGUGUUAUCGCGCUCAUGGCUCAGACGGGAUGCUUCGUUCCUUGCUCGGAGGCCGAGCUAACCAUCUUCGACUGCAUCCUCGCCCGCGUUGGUGCCAGUGACUCUCAGCUCAAGGGCGUCUCGACCUUCAUGGCUGAAAUGCUCGAGACAGCUAACAUCCUCAAGUCUGCUACGUCCGAAUCGCUGAUCAUCAUCGAUGAGCUGGGCCGUGGCACGAGUACCUACGAUGGCUUUGGUCUCGCCUGGGCUAUUUCUGAGCAUAUUGUCACCGAGAUCCGCUGUUUCGGUCUGUUCGCAACGCACUUUCACGAACUCACCGCACUCGCGGAUCGUUAUCCCAAAUCAGUCAAGAACCUGCACGUCGUCGCAUUCAUCGGCGAUGACGCAGACGGCGAGAAUGCAGAUGAGCAAAAGCCGAAGAAGAAAAAGCGCGAAGUCACUCUUCUAUACCGAGUUGAACCUGGCGUCUGCGAUCAAUCAUUCGGUAUCCACGUUGCCGAACUGGUUCGCUUUCCUGAAAAGGUCGUUAACAUGGCACGUCAGAAGGCCGAAGAGCUGGAAGACUUCACCUCCGCCACUGCAGAUAAGCCAGAGGCACAGCCUGCUAAGAGCCUCGAUGGCUACUCCCAGGAAGAACUGGAGGAGGGCAGUGCGUUGCUGAAGGCGAUGCUCUUGAAAUGGAAGGAGGAGGUCGAAGCGCCUGGAAAGAAUCUCAGCGUUGAGGAGAAGCGGCAGGUCAUGAGGGACUUGGUUAAUGCUGAUGAGAAAUUGCGCUCGAAUAAGGUCUUUCAGGGUAUUAAGGCGUUGUAAGUAGGAUAAUGUAAGGUACGGAUUUCUGUUUGUUAAAUUGUUUUUUUCUCGGGAUAUAAUGGUGUUCGGAGAGGAUUUUAUGGUUAUAGGUAGUUAGUUAGUUUAUGGACUAUAAAGGGCAUGGCAUGAAUACUGUAUGUCU